AUGCAGAGGCAAAGCGAGUUAUCCAGCUUCACACUUCUCGACUCUUCUUUCUCCGAGAAAACAAUCAUAGACAAGCUUCACGAUCAUGGAGCCAUGAUUGAACAAAACCCUUUGGUGAUCCACUACGAGCGGUGCCAACCGCCAGCAGAUGCACCGGACGAACCUCUCAACGUCUGGUAUACACUCACCGACCGUCUCGAUUACCUCCCUAGAGGUUUACUCCAAGGUCGAAUCCGUUAUUUGGCAAGCUUCCGUAACACACCCCGUGGUCUGCAAACUCAUAUAUAUGCUCCUCUGGGGGUUCACAUUCGGAAUGAAUGGAGUGUCUACUCCAAUCGGACGGGGGCGGAAGCUGAGCCCGAGCUGAAAGAUAAGCCAGAAGGAUUGUAUCUCCGGGAGAAAGUUGAAUUACAGUGUCCGUUGGGUACAUCAUUCUUUGUGCGUCGAAACAUUGAGAAAUCUCACUCGACAUUAGUGGCGCGACUUGUGGCUAGGACUAAUGUCAAUAAUGACUUGGAGGGGUAA